UUUUAUAUUGCACGUUUACCUAAGAUAUUUCCAAGUAUUUAUGAGUCAGACCUUGUCAGACUACAUGUAUAGUUAUUUGUGCGAAAUUCAGAAAAUACGGAAGCUUGAGACUUGUUCGCAGAAUGAGUUAUUUUUGGCUUAGUAAAACAGUUCAAUUGUAAAAUAAUGCUAAUCUCAUUGUCUUUUAAGUUAUUUCUUAAACUUUACACAAUUAUGUUACUCAAUUAACACAUCUCAAUUACCUCUGUUUUUAGUGUUUGCACUGCAGUUUAAUUUCAAAAUGUUUAUGCCACGAGCCCUGAAAAUAAAGAGACCUGGCCAGGGACCUGGUCAAGUUUUGAAUAAGAAAAGCAGGACUGUUGAAGAGGAGAGUGACCAAAGUAGUUCAGGUACACCUGUGCAAAAAGAGGAAUCGCGCGAAGACAAGGAGCCACAGAAUGAAACGAUACAAGCAGAUGGACACUCACCUUUGACAGAGAGUGUGGUAUGUGAACAUGGACGUAUGACUUCCUCAGAUGAUGAGGAAGAAGAGGAACCAGUCAAAUCUUUCAAAAAGAACCAGAGGUGGCCUGAGCCAGGAGAGCCUGUCUGUGUGAUGUGUGGCCGUUAUGGAGAGUACAUAUGUGAUUCCACUGACAAUGAUGUUUGCAGUCUUGAGUGCAAAGCAAACCAUUUAGUACAAAUGGGAAUCGGGACUGGAGUAGAAGUGUUUCAUGGCAAGGACAUACACACUGAUGAGAGAACUCCUCAACCUUCUGCAGUUAGGACUGAUGGAAUAGGUGCAGGUGAAGCAUGCUAUUCCUACAAGGAAGACCCAUUCAUAUCAGGCUUGACAGAGGAGCAGGUGGAGCGAAUUAAACAAGAGCUGGGCAUUGAAACCCAAGGAAAGGAUGUCAGGAGACCCAUUAUUGAAUUUGAACAUUGUGGCUUCCCUUCUACAUUAAAUGGCAACCUGAAAAAGGCUGGUUAUGAGGCACCUACACCAGUCCAGAUGCAGAUGGUGCCGAUUGGCCUCACAGGUCGAGAUGUGAUUGCCAGUGCAGACACAGGAUCUGGGAAGACUGUAGCCUUCCUCCUACCAGUGGUAGUGAGGACACUGGAGAAACCAGCUUAUAGUGUGUCCAGCCCUGUGGCUCUGAUCCUGACCCCCACCAGAGAGCUUGCCAUUCAGAUAGAGAGACAGGCCAAAGAGCUGGUGAUGGGGCUCCCCAACAUGAGAACUGCACUGCUGGUGGGUGGCAUGCCACUUCCCCCACAACUCCACCGCCUCAAAAGCAGCAUCAAAAUUGUCAUAGCUACACCUGGGAGACUCAUUGACAUCCUGAAGCAGAAAGCACUGCAGCUGGGCAGCGUAAAGGUUGACACCAUGCUGAAAAUGGGCUUUCAGCAGCAGGUGUUGGAGGUUCUGGAGCAAGUACCCAAGGAACACCAGACUCUGUUGGCAUCAGCCACUAUCCCAGCAGGGACAGAAGAGCUGGCUGCUCGGUUCGUCCACGAGCCUGUUCGCAUUGCUAUUGGCGAGAGGAACCAGCCCUGUGCCAACGUUAGACAGAUCCUGCUGUGGGUAGAGGAACCCUCCAAGAAGAAGAAGCUGUUUGAAAUUCUCAAUGAUAGCAAACUGUACCAGCCUCCAGUGGUGGUGUUUGUAGACUGUAAACUUGGUGCCGAUCUGUUGUGCGAGGCGGUUGCCAAGGUGACGGGCCUCACCACCGUGGCAAUCCACUCUGACAAGAACCAGUGGGAACGUAACCGCAUCCUCAGGGGUCUUCUGGAUGGAGACUUUGAAGUGGUAAUCAGUACAGGUGUGCUAGGCAGAGGACUGGACCUUGUCAACGUCAGACUGGUGGUGAACUUUGACAUGCCAAACACAAUGGAUGAGUACGUUCACCAGGUGGGCAGAGCAGGCAGGCUGGGACACAGAGGUACAGCCAUUACUUUUCUCAACAACAACAACAAACGGCUGUUCCUGCAAGUGGUGAACCGGGUCAAACCCACUGGGUCCAUUCUGCCCCCUCAGCUCCUAAACUCUCCCCACCUUCACGAACAGCAGAGGAGGGAGAGACAGAAGGCCAAAAUGGGACCUGAUGACACACUCGUUACAAAGAACAACCUCCUAGACAUUAUUAAGAAACAUGACCGACACAAAAAGUAGCUGCAGUGGGGCAGUCUAUUCAUUGAGUAAAUGUUAAAUGUUUUGUUUGUAUAUUGUUUUACUGUUUUGAUAAAAAAAAAAGAUACAUUGUGACAUUUUGUGCAAUUGCUGUCAUUCAAUUCAAAUAAA